AUGUUGGGGUACUCUAGGGUGUUUGUAUUAUCUGGCAUGCUUCUGUAUGUCGUCUAUGCUGAAGCAUUUCCAGAAUUCGAAGUCGCUUAUCCCAAGCUUCUAGAAUCAAGAGGUCUGAAAGGUGAAAAAGUGCUGCAUAUUAAAGAUGGACUCACCCUACAGCUAGAAAAAACUUCUGUGCUGUCAGAAAAUUUUGUCCUAACGGAUAGCAGUAGCGGCAAACCAGUCGUUACUCUGAUGAAUGGAAAAGUACUUGACCAAAAUUUGUACCAUGACAAAAAGAUAAUGGCAGCAGUUCAAAUGAUCGAGAAGAAUGGGACUGUGGAAGUGAGAGGCAUCGUUGGCGAAAGGCUUAGAAUAAUCCCACUUGAUCUUGUUGCACGGUCGGGAAAUGGACCUAUUGCGCACAAGCUUUUUCAGAUUGAGACAUCAGCUCAAUAUGGAUACGACUACAUUGUACCAUCUAAUCCACUCCCUGAAGCACGAGCUCCCCCUGCAGCGCCUAAACAGACUCAAAAUAACACGAAAAUGCCAGACCCGUUUUUGGUUGAACUGAAGAUUGUCGUCGACGGGUACCAUUUCAGACAUUUUAGUACCCUUGAAGAGGUGAUAUCAUAUAUGGCUACUACCAUAGCCGUGGUGAACUUGAGAUAUCAAAACUCGAAAAACCCGAGAGUAUUUUUUCUCAUAAUAGAAGUAAUGGUAGGUUCGACCUCCAUCCUCAAGACCAUUUCUGGGGUGGAUCCAGAUGACCCAAGUAAUCCCUACCAAUUGUACACGUCAUCAAGAGAAACGCUUCCACGCUUUGCAAAUAGAUACCAACACGAACCGGCAGACAUAGUAUUAUUGGUGACAGGGUUGCAGCUCGCCGACCUAGUCAAUGGAACGAUUACAACCAGGGUUAAAGGGCUAGCAUACAUGGAGGGACUCUGCCAUCCGAACUAUCGGUUCGGUCAAAUGGAAGAUGUGCCUCAUACAUACUCCGGGGUACCGAUCGCAGCUCACGAACUGGGACAUCUGAUGGGCAUGUAUCAUGACGGUGACGUUCCCCCGUCGAACGUUUCCGGAACCCCGUGGCUUCGAUGCUCGCGGAGCGGUGGAUACAUUAUGGCACCGUACACAGGCGGUGCCAAUGACGGUUUUUUCUCGAAAUGCUCUCUUCAGCAGAUGAAACACUUUUUGACAACCAUCUCAAAAGAUUGCUUCAAGGUUAAAUCGCAAACAGACAUCAAAUCACCAAAGUUGCUUCCGGGUAAGCGGAUGAAUAUGACAAACAUAUGCCGAAAGCGAUUUCGUCACCUCUCAGGGAUGACCGGUUUCACCAAAUCAGGAUUUACAGAAAACUGCAAAUUCCUGUGCUGUCCGAAUUAUGGCCAAGGACGGGUAAGCUGCUAUGUGCAACCCCUUGUGGAUGGAAUGGCUUGUGGACAGAACAAGAUAUGUAAACGAGGGAGGUGCGGAAACCACAGCGCUAAUCUUCCUCCCCAACCGACUGUGCCAACAACCUCAACAACAACAAGAGGCAAAACUGCGGCGGCCAUGAAUUAUAAUUACCCCGAUGAUAACACUUCGAGUUUUUACUUGUCAUAGGGCAAAGCCCUGCUUUAAGAAAUAACCACCUGACCCAUACGCAAACGCCGAUUAGAUUCUCAAGCGAAAGUAGAGAAGCUCGUUAUUUCGCGAAUUCAAAAUGUUUUAAAUAAAACGCUUACUGAGAA